AGAAGUAAAUAAAAAAAUAAAUAAAAUUGCCAUUAAUUGAGAUUGUGUGUAAGAGUGCGAAGCGCACCAGAAGAUAACAUUGACGAAUAUUAUUCUCGCGCUCGCGUAACUUCCAUCAGUAUCAAUUUGGCUGCUUUACCGAAGACGUGGUCCCAUACUGAAACUGGGAAAAUGCUUGUAACGAUCACAUUAAUUGUGUCGGCAGUUACGGCCGUCUAUCUGUACUUGACAUGGAACUACAACUAUUGGAAAAAACGAGAUGUUCCUGGCCCAAGUCCAUUGCCCGGAUUAGGGAGCUUCCCAUCGUUCUUUCUGAUGAAACGACCCGUGGCGGAGGAAAUGGAUGACAUUUAUCAAGAAUACAAAUCGAAGUACAACUUUGUGGGUGUGUUCAGCAGUAGACAACCACGGAUCAUGAUCACGUCGCCGGAGCUGGCUAAAGAUAUCCUCUUGAAAAAUUUCAAAAACUUCCAUGAUAACGAAUUUGGUGAGAUGACAAACAAAGACAUCGAUCCUCUGUUCGGUCGUAAUCCAUUCAUGCUGAGCGGUGAAGAGUGGAAAGCAAAACGCUCCGAAAUCACGCCUGCGUUUACUACGUCUCGAAUGAAGGCACUUUUCCCAUUGAUAGAGGAUGUGUGCUCCAGAAUGACCAAGUAUUUGGUGCAAAAUCGCGGAACUGCUAUGGACACAAAAGAGCUGUCGGCCAAAUUCACAACCGACGUUGUUUCCAGCUGUAUUUUUGCUUGUGAUGCUCAAUCGUUUACUAGUGAAAAACCCGAUAUACGUGAAAAUGGUCGAAAGCUAAUGGAACAAUCGCUGUUCUCGUUUUUAACCAUAUUGCUUGUGUCUAAUUUGCCUUCAAUUGCAAAAAUGCUGAAUAUAAGUUUUAUUUCGAAAUCUGUGGAAAAAUUCUUCACUGAUUUGAUGAAAGACGCUAUUCGACACCGCGAUGCAAGUGGCACAAAUCGCGCUGAUUAUCUGGACUAUCUUAUCACUUUGAGAAGUAAGAAGGAGCUAUCUGAAUUAGAUAUGGCAGCCCAUGGAGUGACAUUCUUCAUCGAUGGAUUCGAAACAUCAAGUGUAGCCAUUACGUUCAUGUUGUAUGAAAUAGCCAAAAAUGUUGAAGUGCAAAAUCGAUUGAGAGAGGAACUUUUGAAAGCUACCACCAAGUCGGGAGCAGUAUCGUAUGACGUCCUGCUUGAACUCCCAUACCUUGAACAGGUUAUUAACGAAAGUCUACGACUGUGGCCACCAGCAGCUUUCAUAUCAAAGAAAUGUACAGAUCCGAUGGAGCUGCCACUAACAGCUAAUCAAAGUGUUUCGAUUGGAAAGGAAAUAUGCGCCAUCAUUAACAUUUGGUCGAUGCAUCGUGAUCCGGAGUACUUUGAUGAUCCAUUGACUUUCAAUCCCGAUCGCUUCAGCCCGGAAACCGGAGGAACAAGUCCGUAUCGUGAAAAGGGUUGCUUCAUUCCGUUUGGUGAUGGACCUCGUCAGUGCUUGGGAAUGCGGUUUGCUCGUAUGCAGGUCAAACGUUGUUUGUACGAGACGGUGAAAAAUUUCAACAUUACGGUUAACGAAAAAACGAAGGAACCUCUGCAACUGGAUCCAAAGCAGUUCCUCACCUUGCCAUUGGGUGGUAUCUGGUUGAAUUUUGAACCAAUAUUAAAAUGAGAAAUUUGUGUUCUUUAGGUUUUCAUGACAAUGGCACAGAGAUUAAAUAAACAUAUUCAUACUUUCCAUUUA